ACGUGGCAUGGAAAAAUCUCUGCUAGUUUGUAGCAGCUCUAACACUGCUGCGAAAUCGAGCCAACUCUGACCCAAGUUUGUAGCUUGAAAUCAUCACGGGCUUACUGUUUCUAUAUUAAAAAAAUGAAUGGAAAGUACCUUUGCUUCUUGAUUUGGGAACUGGACCUUUUCUGUAUUUGGAUUUACAGCUAAUAGCAAACAAAAUCAAAGGGAAUUAUUUGGUUACUUUUUUCACCGUAGUGAGAGCGGCAGAUCUUGCUGCUCCCCCCAGCCUUUUCCUGCGAUUUAAUCACUUGCAGAUCUUGCCAUGGGGUGCGGACUGAGAAAGCUGGAAGACCCAGAUGAUAGCAGCCCUGGAAAAAUCUUUUCUACGUUGAAGAGACCACAAGUUGAAACAAAGACGGAUUCUGCUUAUGAAUAUGUAUUGCUGGAUUUUACUCUAGAAGCUUCCUCGAAUCCAGAAGUUAUCAAGAUCAGUUCUGUGUUGGAUAUAGCAUCUAAGGUGGAAGAAUAUUACAGCAAAGGAUAUGUUGUGGGAGCUGUUCAUCCGAUUAUGCUGCCCAUUGGACGCAGAAGGAAUUUCCCGGCAAGUCACAUGUAUCGAGUGGUACUUUCACGAUUAAAAUUAAGCCAGAAGCAUGCAGCACCCAGAGGACAAAGGCACCCCAGGCUGGUGAUUGAGGAAUGUCCUUUAAUGUAUGAAACACUGACAAAUGAGGUAGUGAAAGAACUGUUAGAAAAGGUUAACGAAGCUGCUAAAAGAGGAAAGAAGUUUGUGGGAUUUGUGACACAACAUUUUCCUCAUCCUAAAGCGUGUAAUGGAACAAGCACAGAUGGAAGUGCAGAGCUGGAAUCGACGCUGGGCAAAAGAAAUAAGGAACACAGAAGAAAAAAUUCUGAUGAAAACUAUAAAAACUGGAAUGAAGGGACACUGAGUGGUCACUCAUCUGAGAGUGGGAUAGAGGAGGAAAUACAAGCAGAAAACAGCAUGUUACAGGAUGCAGAUUUCCACUUUGGAAAAGAAGUCAGCCCUGUUAAACCACGAAAAGGAGACGAGAAGCUCUAUACAGUCUUCAAUGUUUUUGAUGAUGAUUCUACCUGCUGGACCUAUCAUGAAGGUGCUUUGUCUAUGAAAGUAACAAGAAAGGGGCCAGUUAUUAGUACACUGGAAGCAGACUGGCUAGAAUUAACCACGUUUUACUAUAAGCAAGGAUUGUCCUUAAUUGAUUCUUUUGUACACUGGGAAACUUCUAAAGGGGACUACUUGCCCAAAUCUUUAGAAGGAUUAUUUAUCUAUGAAGAAGAGGGUGCCGGGGUUCCAGGUUCUAACAGGAAAGGAAAUGAUGCAAUAGUUGUUGAACAAUGGACAGUCAUUGAGGGGUGUGAAAUUAAAACAGAUUAUGGACCCUUAUUGCACACACUGGCUGAGUUUGGAUGGCUCCUGACCUGUGUCCUGCCUACACCUAUUGUGCGACAUGACAGUGAAGGAAAUCUGGCCACAAAGCAAGUUGUUUUUCUUCAGAGACCUGUUAUGUGGAAUUCUGCUGUCCAGACACCAGAGAAAUCCUUAAGACAAAUUAUUGGAGAGGAAAAAGGCAAAGUCUCUAGCAGAAGUGUUGGAUUAGACACAGCUACUUCUCGCCCUAUAGAAAUUGGUCAACCACCUGAUGAGUUUCACCUAUCUUCUUCUAAGCAAUGUUGGAUCAAGGAGGGAUCCUCCCAGUAUGGAGGCUUUCCAGGAUUCAGUAGCAGUGAUGGAGUAUUAAGGGAACUGGAUGAUGGACAAUUUGACCAGGAAGAUGGAGUCACUCAGGUCACGUGUAUGUGAUAAAGUAAGUAACUGCAUCAGAUGGACAUGUACAUAACUCACACAAAUGUUUUGUUGUUUGUUUUUUUUAAAUCAUACUACUUUAAAUGCAUUGGUAUAAUCUUACAAUUUUUCUUAAGACUCUUUUUGUAUUUUUGUCUGUUUCUUUGUUGUGUUAAUCCUACUGUAGUAAUAAUACUACUGCAAAAUAAUUCGGUUUUCUGUCUCUCUUUAAUAGAACAACUGCAUGACUGGGUGCUCUGCUAACUUGUUAAUGCUUUUGACAAGCAAUGAAGCAAAUGCUGCAAAACAGUGACAGUUUGAAUUGUGUAAGAAAGGAAUUAAGAUGUUUAGUAUUUUCCACAAGCUGGAGGAGUACUUGAUUUUGUGUGUUUGUUUUUGUUUGUUUGUUUUAAAGGGUGUUGUAAAUAUUGGUGAGGGGAAAAAAUGAACUAUCUGGCUGUUGUUAAGUUUUAAUGUAAUUUUCACUUUGCCUUGCAUAAACUCAAAAGCCUAGAGAAAUGUAAGUCUUAGACUAGAGUGUUAAUAAUUUAAGGUAUGUUCAGACUUGGUACCUACAGAAAACCUCUGGAGGCUGUAGGCAGACACUUCCUCCUGUAAUAUUACUUCACCUACACAGGUUUUUCGUACGAGGGUUCCUUGUGCAUGUGAGCCAAAAGCUAUCUGAGCACGUAGCUUGUGUCAUGACGUAUUCAUUAUUUACUUGUGAGAGGAAAUAAAGAACCACUCAUCCUCUGAAAGUAACUUGCAGCCUGUGAAAAAGUAUUUUGCAAAACUCACUAAGAAGCCUUGACAGCAAGGUGCACAAUGGUGCUGAUAAUACACAGGAGGAAGUAGUAGAUUAAAUUUAAUAGGCAAUAUUAGGUGAUGGACUAUAUACAGAUAUGCUGAUAAAUACAUAAAAAAUUUCUCAGCUAAAUGUAUCUCACACUGGGUCAAGCGUAUUCAACUGUGUCAAAUACCAGAAGGAGUGUUCAGAGGAAAGGCUGAAGCUUUUGUGCUUCCAUCCUCACCGUGGGGAGGAGUUGCUGGUGUUGGGGAGGCUGGCACUGGCAGGGCUCUGUGGGGACAGGCAUGAACAGGAAUUAUUUUUAUGCUGCUGUGUUGAAAUAACAUUUUACAGAGGAAAAGCUGGAUAAAAAUGCAUUUGCGACAGAUAAAUGUGAUUCUAACUAAAAAUUGCGGUUUUCCAUUAGUUUUAGAAGCAAAAGCUAUAAAUGCUUGCCACAAGCUAAUGGAGAAUAAUUUGGUCAAAAAAAAGAAAUCGGAACAGAACUGGGCAAAUGAAUCCCCAAGACUUCUCUCGGUGUUUGCAGUACAACACACAGAGACAGGCACUGCAGACGUGAGAGAAUUGUGACUACACUGAACUGCAGCACCCUGCUCCCCGCUGCGGUGUCCCAUCACCCGGGUGGGAGUCCCUGGGCACAGGGGUGGCUGCUGGCACUACGGGCAGUGGGCAAAUCAAUGCAGUGACAGGAACACUGAGAACUGACCCCAAAGGAGCACCCUGGGAGACGAGCAGGGGGUGGAAGUCGCUGUGGUCUGUGGCGGGGGGAGCUGUGCAGGAAAGAAGCUGCUUAUUUCAAUAAGCAAAAAGUAACUCAUGAAAGAAAAUAAGUUGCAUUUGUUUUGAUAAGCGAAUGUAGUACAAAGCCUUAGUGCUAUUUCAGUUUAUUUUUACAAGGUAGGGCGGAGCAGGGGAAACCCUUUCUACUUUGAUUGUCAUUGUAGGAGCAUGAAAUGAGUGUUGCUCUGGAGCUGCUUCCCAGUUUCAUUAUGAAAUUGUCGUAGGCAGGCUUGUUUAUUUUUCCACUUUGGAAGAGCAACUCUAACAACUGUUUGUAGCAGGUUUGGGGUUUUCCCACCCCCCACCCCCCCACCUCUAAAAAAAUAUCUACAGCCCUGGAGCUGGAGACAUCCCUUCAGCUUCUUUUUCCUAUUGCACAUUGCUGAAAAGGGCAGCUUCUAUUUUCUUGCUUGAAUUUCUUUGGAAAAAUGCUGGCAGCCUGGCAAAGCCAUUGUGAAUUAUGAGUGUUUUAAGAGCCAAGUAUGUGCCAGCAGGGCAGCACAGGAGUACCUGUGGUAGUAGGCAUGGUCAGGAAUCCAUUCUUCCCAAGGCUUCUCUCCCUGCUUUCCCUCCAGCAUCUCAAGGUCACAGAUGGUGGGGCACGAACCUCAUGUUUGUUCCUUGUCUGGGGGCACCACAUGGAGGAGGGUCACCCCACCAACGGGGGUUCUCAUGCAGCCCACGACUCUGUGAGCCACGGGUCAUGGUCAGGCAGUAGCAGGAAUCUCCUCCCUGGUAUGCAAAUGUGGAAAAAAUUAUGAAAAUACAUGUUUAGUCUGCCUCUGGCAGAAAGACAUCCAACUGGCAUAUUAUAAAUGGGAUAACAGCUGGUUUAUGGAAAUACGUUGCACUGCUUCUAGAAGUCUUUUUCACCAGUUUUCUAAAACUCUGGUGUGUGUAAUUUUAUGGUCAAACCUGUAAAAGCGGCAAAAAAUGGUCAAAACCCCUAGGAAUUCUGAAUAUUCCAGGUUAGAGCUCAUCAGUAAUUUCUUUGAUGUACUUUCUUUUAUAAAGCAGUGUCCCUGCUUAAGAUGAUUAACACUAGUGAAUCCUAAACCAAAACUGAACUACAGCUAUUUAUAUAACAAGUUACAAUGUGUAAAGUACUAAAUUGAAUGCAGUUAUUCUUUUCCAGAAUAUAUUUAUGAGAUAAAAAGAAUCAUUUAACUUUUAACUGAGAUCUCUUCAUGUCAGCUGUUGAGAAUGCAAAAAAAUUGCAAUAAAUUAGUAUUUUUUUGGAAGAACUUUUCCUCUUACAAAUAAUGGGAUGUACACAAAGGAGAUUCUGUUUGGGAACAAGGGUAGGAAUUGAGCAUGCUCUGGAUGUCCACAGGAACACUCUAGAACAUCUCCACUUCUAGCAGGAAAGGCUUUUCUUCUUAAAAUGAAAUACAGCCAUAUUCUUUUUCAGGGCCCACAGUUUUAACUGUGCUUUAGUCCUUGCUCUGCCAUCUCACAGGUGUUGACUGGGCUGCAAACUCCUGUGAAUUUCUGUCUGGUUUGGGGGGUUUUUGGGGGGUUUUUUGUUUUUUAUUCAGUGUAAAUACGCUCAAGUGCUUCCUCUGAACCCACUCAACGGUUCCUAUAUAGUUAGGGACAGCUUUUUAUUUUAAUGCCAUUUGUCUCACAGUAUGUAAAGUUGCCCCUGCUGUAGAAACAUUAAUCUCAGUUGUUUUUCUAGCUCUCUUGUCUUUCACCUCACAGGGCUACAUUUAGGCUCCAUGCAGUAGUUGAAGAACACAGAAUAAACCACCCGCUGAAUCAGAAAUAAUUGAAAAUGCUUCUAAAACAAAUGAUGGAACAUCUAAUUCUUCCUUUGUAGUUAAAAAUUCUUACUUGCAAAAGUGCACUUAUUUAUUCAAUAAUAGGGCUUCAAUUAGAAGUGUGUGUGUCUGAAAUGUAAUAGAGAAGCCCCUUACCUGUGUGUGACAAGAGAAAUGCCCUGCAACUAUUAGAAGAGAGACAGAAGGCAACCAACCCUGUUCAUGAACUUCUGUAAAAGACUGUUUAUACUUUAAGUUGCUUGGGGAGGAAAUACUCUUCUAGUGUUUACAAGUAGGGAGGAACUCUCCACUGUAAAAAGAAUUUUGUGCCCUGCUCAUAAUUGUCACAACAAUUUAUUUACAUACCUGGUCAACUGCGACAAACUGCUGCUUAACUUCUGUGAUUCUGGUCUGUAAAAUAAUUGUUUUCUUUUUGUAAAGCCAAGAUCUUUUCUAUAUUUCUGAUAGGAAGCUUCUCACCAUUAAAAGCACUUACCAAAUCA